CUAAGAUGAAGCCUCCAUCUGGGCAAGGCAUAAGGCUGGCAUACCUUCUCCUGAAUUUGGCUUCCCUCUGCCAUCCCACCCCACUCUGGAAGGACCGGGACUCCUUAAUGCAGCAGGAGAAAGCCCAUCAGACAGGUGGCAAUUUGGUGCUAAGUAGACAGGAACAGCAGCUCAGUACAAACCUUGUAAACCUCAAGAAGAAGGAGGUUGCAACAGCCAUAGCUACAGGACAGUUUCCUCCAAGCAUGCACUUCUUUCGGGCCAAAGGCCUCAUUGAUCAAAGCAUGGUGUUCAGCAUCUUGAAGCGCAUGCCCAAAGGUGCUGUCUUACACCUGCAUGACUAUGCCAUCCUGAGCGUGGACUGGCUGGUAUAUAAUGCCACCUACCUCCCCGACUGCUACAUCUGCUUCACCCACACGGGCACUGUUCGGUUUCGCUUUUCUAAGCCUCACCCUCCUCACCCAGUGCCAGCCCAGUGCUCCCAGUGGGUUUUGCUGGAGACUUACCGGAAACAGCUGCGCAACGUGACUGAGUUCGAUCACAGCUUGCUGAGAAACUUGACCCUGGUGACGGAUGCCCCUGAGCUGGCCUACCCUUCUCAGACUUUAAUUUGGAAAAGAUUUGAAGAAGUCUUUCUCAUUGCCUCUGGACUUAUCUGCUAUGCACCUGUGUUCAAGGCCUAUUUCUACCAGGGGCUGCUGGAACUCUAUGAAGAUAACAUACAGUAUGUCGAGAUAAGAGCUCUCCUGCCUCCGGUGUAUGAACUGGAUGGCACACGGCACAAUAAAUCAUGGUCUGUGGCAACCUAUCGGGAAGUGACCAAGCAGUUUGUGAAGGAGCACCCUGACUUUCUUGGAGCCAAGAUUAUAUUUACAGCACACAGGAUGCUGAAUGUUUCCCAGAUUAAAGAAGCCAUCAUCACUGCCAUGGCACUCAGAGCCCGCUUCCCAGACACCCUGGCAGGCUUCGACCUGGUUGGUGAUGAGGAUGAAGGUCAUUCUUUGUGGGACCUGAAGGAUGCCCUGACCAUCCCAUAUUCCCUGGGGGUCAACUUGCCAUACUUCUUCCAUGCUGGGGAGACUGACUGGCAGGGCACCUCUGUAGACAAUAAUGUGCUGGAUGCAUUGCUACUGAAUACCAGCCGGAUUGGCCAUGGACUCGCCCUCAUUAAACACCCAGUAGCCAAAAGUUUGUCUCUGAAGAGGGAUAUUCCUGUAGAGGUCUGUCCCAUCUCCAACCAGGUCCUGCUGUUGGUAGCUGACUUGCGGACCCAUCCCGCAGCCAACCUCAUGGCUGAAGGCCAUCCCAUUGUGAUCAGCCCUGAUGAUCCCCCCAUCUUUGGGGCAAAGGGCAUCUCCUAUGACUUCUACGAGGUGUUCAUGGCCAUUGGAGGGAUGAAUGCUGACCUGAGGACCUUAAAACAACUUGCACUCAACUCCAUAAAAUACAGUGCCAUGCUACCGGAUGAGAAAGCCAAGGCCGAAGAGGUCUGGCAGAAAAAAUGGGACCAAUUUGUGGCUGACCUCUCUGAUAGCUUCUUGAGGGAGCUUUAAGGAGAAGGAGACUCAUAUCAGAAGGCAUUUGGCAAGCCAGAGCGAGCCACAAUUGUUGCUAAAAGAGAGACUGCUUCUUCCAUGUGAGCUGAGCAGAUGAAUGAACC